CUCCUCCCCCUCUCCUCCCCCACCUCUCCGGAAUACCUUUCUGUUUAUUUAUUUACCUCUAUUCCGGACGGGGAAAUCGACCGGAUUCCACACUGAUAAACGUUUCCCAUGAAAAGAAUGUGACAAAGGAGAGUCGCAUGACAGCCUGCAUCUCAUUCAGUAAUGGAGGUGGUGGAUAGGCUCUAUUACAUAGACCAAAUGUCUAUCUUGUAACUUGACAGGGAAAACCUAACCUACCUCUAACAAAUGCCGUUCUGAAGAAAUCUCUGCCUCACUUGGUAGAAAGUAUGAUACAGCACUUCGAAACUUCAGAGCAAUCCUUUACUGAAUCCAUCAGUCUAUUUUUUCACUCUUUUCUCUCAUGAGUGCUUGGCGAUGCAAGCAAAGUGCCGUCCUAAACAAGUAGUUUGACACUUCACUUUGCGUGAACAUGUCCCUCUUCAAGGCACGAGAAUGGUGGGGUACUACUUGUGGCCAGGAUGAAGGCUUUGAUCAGGCAUCGCUUUGCGUGUCUGGACUGGGUAGUAGUGGCAACGAGACUUCAAUGGUGAUUGUCGGAAGUCAUGCCGGGACUGUGCGAGUAUUUUGUCCCAAUCUUCCUCCUGCCUCUGAAGCUCCAGGAUACAAACCUAGUGACCUUCUCAUCGAAGCCACUUUACCUCAUCCCAUACUGCAUCUUCAAGUUGGCCGAUUUAUCUCCGGCUCACAACAGUUUCAUUUGGCUGUUUUACAUCCACGGAGUGUUGCUAUAUAUAGCCUAGUGAUUCGUGGAGGCAAUACAGAUCAUGGUGAUCAAAGUGCAUUAGUAUUUGUCUAUGAGCAUCAGCUUAGAAGAUCAGCUUAUAGCCUUGUUGCGGGGCCCUUUGGAGGAGUAAAAGGGAGAGACUUCAUUUGUGUUCAGUCUCUAGAUGGAAUGCUCUCAUUUUAUGAGCAGGAAUCCUUUGUUUUCUCAAGACAGCUUCCCAAUUUCCUACUGCCAGGACCUCUUAUUUUUGUUCCCUCAACUGAUGCAUUUGUCACCUGCAAUUCUCUUCUUCACAUUGAUAGCUUCAGGUAUCAAGUGUUGGCGGAUACAAGAGAAGAUGCCAACAAGCAACUGACACCUGAGUGGAGCCUAAAUAUAGGGGAAUCUGCUCUUGACAUUGCCUGUGUGUCCCAUUCGCCUUCAGAGGUGGACAUUUUAGUUUUGGGAGAGCACAAUCUGUUUUGCCUUCGAGACCAUGGAACCUUGAAAUUCAUGCGGCGGUUUGAGUUUCACCCUCGGUGCUUUCAUUCAUAUCGCACAGCUCCUGAGGGACUGUUGAUGACACUUAUCGCCACUGACACUGGAACACUUCUUGUACAGAACAGUACCACUCUAAAGUGGUCGGCACAGCUCUCUAUAUCACCCAUUGCCAUAGCACGGGCCUCUCUCCAGGGCGUGGAUGGAGUGAUAGUAUUACUUUCAGAAACAGGCGAGCUGCAGUGCUGUUAUCUCGGAACGGAGCCCUCCCUGUUUGUAGCUCCGUCAAUAGAGCCCAAACCCAUUGACUAUCAGGAAGCAGAGCGAGAGCUAAACUACCUGGGCAGUGUUAUAAGAGCUUUUAAUGACAAUUCUAGCGUUCUGAUGGCCAAUACAGCUGCAGAGCGUGAACUCACAGUCAACGUCAAACCAGGUCAACAUCCUGAAACACGAGGGGACUCAGAUGUUUGCUAUGUGGCUGUAAAUUUGGCCCCUCAUUCUGCUCAUGCUCCUCUGACUAAAGUCCAGGUCACUCUUGUAGCUAAAGCCCCAUUAGUAGUUGACCCACCAACUCAUACAAUACAUUCUUUAAGCGAAGCAUACCAGGUGGCUAGCUAUGUUGUGUUGAAAAAUGCUACUGCGGAAUUCGUGUGCUCUUUAGAAGUGUCAAUCAUGGUUUCCUACAUGACUGCGUCUGGUAUACCCCGAGUUCUGCAUUCAAACUGUCAACUCCCUCUUCGCCUUGUAGCCCGCCCAUCCCCUCCAGGCAAAGAAGCAGAAAUAAAAUUAACUUUCAACACCAAUGUUCCUGUUGUCAACUUGCUUGAACUCUUCCCAGAAUUCAAUGUCUCUGGAGCGGGUGCCAAUAUUAUAGGAUUUUCCCUCGGCUCCACUGUGGUUACUUUGAUUGCUGCCAAAAUGUCAACCCGUUAUCGUGUCCAGUCUGACAGCCUUUUCCCACUUGCUCUUUUAUCAAAGCAACUUGUCUAUCGCCUUCAGCGUUUCUCAAAGAAUGCAGAUCAAAAAUCAUCAUUUAAAAUUACCUCAUCAUCACCCCUACCCGUAGAGCUUUUGUUCUCUUGCAUUGAGAGCCACAUGGGGAGUAGAAAAGAUGUUUCUGAUCUAAGGGAUGAUCUUGGCCAAUUAUCUGUUCAAUUUCGAGCAAUUGAGAGAAGACUUCUAACAAAAAUGAAAGACAAGAAGCCAGUACCACUAAAUCAGCUUGAUACUCUCCUAUAUGCAACUCAAAAUGAAAUUAUUAGUACCAGUCAUAAACUAGAAAAAUCACUCAAGGCUUUAGGAAAAUCUCAAUAUAGCUUGGCAUGUGCUGUAGAAUUGAUUCACUUAAUGCUGCUAUUGUCUGACCCACCUCCUCAAGACCUGAAAACAUUUCAAGCUGCUAUGCCCUCUAUUGUAACAGACUCAGAUGACCAGAGUUGGGAAGAUGUAACAUUUGCUUCACUCCAAUUUAUUUUGAACUCACACCAGAAGAGAGACCCCUUGACAGCAGCCCCUGCCAAUGAACCUUUAGUUGAUUUUUCUAACUUGAAAAGUUUGAUAAACUCUGUGCUUUCCAUAAUGACAGCAGAUUCACAUGCUACUGGUACCAUUGAUGCUGAAGGUCGUAAACCAAUUUCACCAAUUCAUGAGUCUGAAGAGGUAGAAGAAGAACCUUCAGUACCAGCUGGAUCCCGUUUGGCAGAGACAAGAGUACCGUCUGCUAAUCUGCUUCAGAGAAACAGACUCCUUCCUAGUCGACCUACAGCAGAUGCUGUACCACAAAACACCUCAGAGGUUGAAAGCAGCCUUGCUAAACUUACAGUUUCUGCUGCAAGUAAGCAAAAUUCUGAAGAUGAAGUCUUGUGGAUUUGAUCUACAUUCAUCUUGUGUGAAGUAAAAUUUUUUUAACAUUAUUUUGUUUUUACUCUUAAGCACUUACUCUUUUGUUUCAAUUCCUAUGUUCAAGCUUGAUUUCAAUGGUUGUGGGGUUCUGUGAACCUGUACCCGUUAUAUGUAAUAAUUUUGAGACUACUGUCUGAGUGUGUCCUGAAGUUCACUGGCAAUGAUUGAUUAUAAGUGUACCUGUCUGUCUCACUAACCAAGACUGUCAGUUUUAAUUGGCAGAUUCUUUUAAAACGAAGUUCUAGUCAAGGAACCAAAAGUACAAUUUGUAUGUUAUGUUAUUUGUGAUAUUGGGCUUGGUGGGAAAUAAGUCCAUUUUAAAUGAUCUGACAGGACCAAAAUAUUUGGGUCUUGAAUGUGACAAGCCAGUAUUUUACUAUGUGAUGAUUGAAUUUUUAAUAAUGCUGCACUGACUAUAGAUAGGAUAAAACAUUGACAAGACCAAUAUUUUUACUGUUUCUUUUAUUCAUAAUUGUUAUAAUUUCAAAGCAGAUUUUUAAAAAAUAUGGCUGAGUAGCUGUUAUGAAAACUUAUUCUUCAAGUAAAAUCACAUUGUUUCCAGUGGGUCUCUGUCUUUUGAUGACACAACAAAGUCAAUCUAGAGAAAAGAGCAAAAGUAAUGCAUUAUUACUGGAAAGUAAAUCUCUUCUAAAAUGACUGUAAGUUGUGAGCUACUGUACCUCCGGCAUCAGAUUUUUCAGGUGCUGAGUAGCUGCAAUCUUCAAAAAUCCUCUCUCUGAGUUUGAAUGCCGUGUCAGAAUGACAUGAACUCCCUUGUGCACUGCGUCCAAGACUUCGUGAUGUGACAUUUCACCUGUGUAUUCAAAUAGAGUUAAAAUCACUGUCAAGCCAAAAUUUUCAAAGAGUGAAUGUGCAUUAGUAAAAAUUAUUCUAUCUUUGGA